GAAUUAAAAUUCCAUGCCCGAUAAUAAUGAUAUCAAUUUUGAUUUGGACGACGAUGAUUUAAUCAUACGUAUUCCAAAACGUUAUAUUCGAGAUGUGCAAGAUCCUUUUGAUUUUUGUUCAGACAUCGAAUUCAAGUAAAGAUAUAGAUUUGACAAGGAUAAUGUUAAAUUUGGAAUAUUACCUCUUAUAGAAUAAAAUUUAACUAAAGUCAAUAAACGAGGAUUACCAAUCCCACCAAUUUUUCAAUUAAUAAUAUGAUUGCGAUUUUAUGCAACUGCAAGUUUUCAGCUCAUUUUAGGUGAUACCAUGACAGUAUCACAACCAACAGUUUCCAGAAUAGUUUUUCGGGUGAGCGUUUUACUUGCAAGCGAAAUUCAUGAUUACAUUAAAAUGCCUCGAACUCAAGCAGCAAAAUUAGAAAACCAGAGACUUUUUGAACGUUUGGGAUUUGGUAAUGGAGCAAUUGGAAUACCCGGGGUUGAUGGAACAAUUGAUUGCACUCAUAUCCGAUUAGUUCAUACAAUGUUUCAAAAUAUUAAUGAAAUCUACAGAAAUCGAAAGGGCUAUUUUUCUCUGAAUGUACAAGCGAUUGUUGGCUCACGGAUGGAAUUUUUAGAUAUUGAUCCAGAAUGGCCUGGUAGCGCUCAUGAUAGUCGAAUUUUUCAAAAUUCUCGAAUUUACAUGAGAUAUUCUGAACGUGAACUAACUGGGAUACUUGUCUACGUAUUCUUGAUAAUUUGUAAUCAUAAAUUAAAGUCACAAUUUUAUCUCAGUUGAAUUCCGAACUGUAAAUGUAAUAAAUUCAGAAUUG